GCGGGACUCUCUGCCCCUCUUAUUCUUCCUCAAUACUUACCGAAUAACGACACGAACACGACCGCGGUUCCGUUCUUUUCCCUCGACCCUAAUACGAACGACUGGUUCUCCCUCUGAGAGCUUGGUCUUCCAAUAAAGAGAGCUGCAAAAAGUCAACAUGGGCAAGGCAAACAAAACCACGAAGCAUGGUGGCGCAUCAAGCACACCAUAUGAGCGGCCAGGCAAGGGCGGCAAGGCCAAAGCCGGGAACAACAUCUUCAAGUUCAACACAUCAUCCUACGGACAGCACAUCCUGAAAAAUCCGGGUGUAGCCGAGGCGAUCGUGCAGAAAGCGAACUUGAAGCCCACAGAUACCGUGCUUGAAAUCGGUCCGGGUACUGGCAAUCUUACUGUCAAAAUUCUUGAAAAGGCCAAGAAAGUGAUUGCCGUUGAGGUUGAUCCCCGUAUGGCGGCCGAGGUGACAAAACGUGUCCAGGGUACACCCGAGCAACGAAAACUUGAGGUACUUAUGGGCGACGUCAUCAAACUGCCCAACGACAAACUGCCGGCAUUUGAUGUGUGCAUCAGCAAUACACCAUAUCAAAUCUCAAGCCCUCUCGUCUUCAAACUGCUUAGUCUUCCCAACCCACCGAGGACCAGCGUUUUAAUGUUCCAAAGAGAGUUCGCUCUGAGACUGACAGCGAAGCCCGGCGACCCGUUGUAUUGCAGACUUUCGGUCAACGCACAGUUCUGGGCUCGGAUAACACAUAUAUUGAAGGUUGGCAAGAAGAACUUUAACCCACCGCCCCAAGUUGAAUCAUCUGUUGUCAAGAUCGAACCCAAGACUGGCCACGAUCGUCCAAAUGUGUCUUUUGAAGAAUGGGAUGGAAUGCUUCGUGUAUGCUUCAAUAGACGCAACAAGACGCUCAGAAGCAGUUGGUUAGGAACGAAGGAAGUCCUAGCCAUGAUCGAACGUAACUACCGACUCUUUUGUUCGAUGAACGACAUUCCGCUCGAAGAAGGCACCAUCGAAGGCGUCGAUGAUGAGGACAUGGACCUUGACGAGAACGUAGAACCUAGCGCAGGCGACGAAGAUGUCGAGGCCUUCGGAAGCAUGGACAUGGACGGUGCCGCCGGCGAAGAGGAUACGCUAUCUUUCUUCCAAGAGCUGAAGCAGGCAUCGAGCUCAAUGCCGAAAACCCUGUCGAAAAGGCCCAGAAGCAAAGUCAACGCUCUCAUCCGCGAGAAGAUCCGAAAGGUUUUGGAGGAUGAUACGAACCUGGCAGAUCAGCGUUCAGGCAAGUGUGACGAAAACGAUUUCCUGAGAUUGCUACAUGCUUUCAACCAGGAAAACAUCCACUUCUCUUAACCUGUGGACGGGGACAGCGUUUCAUUUUCCAGAAGGCGUUCCAAGGUCAGAGGGAGGACAAAAGAGAAAAGGAGCAACUGGAGUUUUGGAGUUCACAUCACAUUUACAACAAAAGAUUUUGCUCGGCGGGGGUAUAUAGAUCGUUGUUGAUACCAAGUCAUUAUUAG